AUGAGCUUCAUCGUUCGCCAGAUUAGCGACCGCUUUGCCCGGAAGGAGCGCGUGCAGCGGCAAAACAAUUUUGACGAAAAUGAUGUGAACUACGAGAGGGUACACUUAUACGCUUCGAAAGCGCGAAAUCCACUGGCCGACCUCGAAAUCUACCGUGCAAAAGAUGGCACUUCCGAAAAUUUGCUCGUUUUGGCUUCCCGGCGACGAUCUGCCAAAACCUUUAAACGAUUUGUCGUUGCUAAGCACUUUUUCGUCCCGGACCUCGUCGUCCUCCACUCUCGGCUUCUACAAUACGUUGGAGUCCUCAGAUUUGUUCCCCGAAGAACAGCAAGUUCUUGGCUUGAGAAAUGUCUGGAAUUGAUAGAUGCUCACCCAAAUUGGCGUGCCUACCACUUGGCCGCCCAGCUUGGUGUUGUGGGAUAUUUUCGAAAACGCAAUGGACGAUUCUAUAACAUGCCCGCCAUUACUGAUGGGUUGACGCCGGUGAUGAUGGCUGUUAGGGAAGACCACUUCGAGCUCGUUUUCCGGCUCAUCGAAUUCAGCGUCGAGCUUCGAGCACUAGACAACGAGGGGAAGUGUGUGCUCGAUUAUGCCAAGGAAUCGGAUACCCAUAUGCUGGAGCUCCUCGCCGAGAGCCUCCCGGAAGAAUUCACCUUACUCUGGUGCGCCGAGAAUAAAUCAGGAAAAGCUGAUUAUUUGACAAAUUUUUUGGCUCAAAUUUCCCCAAGCUCCUCAGCGGCACGACGGAGUCCUCUUUACGAAGCGCUGACUAGAUCUCCGACCAGUCCAUUAAAAAUGGGUGAAAUGCUGUCCGCGUUCAACUUUGAUCUACACAAUUUUGACUUGCCAAGUGAAGGUACUUGGCUGCAUGCAGCGCAGAAUAAGCGGUCUCUGCUGAGCUUGUUGGAGAUGAAGCGGUUGAAGGAGUCUGAGCUCGACACAAAUGCUAGGGACAAACUGGGCAGGACCGCCCUUAUGGAACAUGUUAGAAAACGAAGACAUGGUUUUGUAUUAGCUCUCUACGGCUACUGGACCGACGUUAACGUUCGAGAUAUUGAAGGGAAUUCCGCAUUACAUUAUGCGGUCGUGGUAGUGAAUAAAUCACCUUCUUUUAAGAAUGAAGAUCUCGACAUGAUCAAAGCCCUCAUCUGCUGUGGUGCCUCUGUGAAUGCAAGAAAUCGCUACGGCGAAUCGCCACGUCAUCUGGCGGCUAGAACGAAAAGCCACACCGAUAUCGCCGCCCUGUUGGCGAUGAAGUGGGCGGCGUCGUGCCCAGAAAAUUCGAAGAAUUGCUUUGAAGUCUGCAUGCACCCGAAAAAUCCGCUUACUCGGUUCUUCGGCAGCGGAAUAAAACAAGAAAUCGACAACAAGAGGAAUGCCGACGAUCUGGAGGACCCAUUUUCGCAGCGUCUCACACGCCAUUUAGAGAAUGGGCGGAUGGAGAAUGAUUUGACAGCGCAUUUGAAUGCCCUAAAAGAAUUGACACGAAAAAUGGAACGGAACCGUGAUGGCCGAAAGGUUAUAAACGCACUGUCGUUGGAUGGCGGCGGAAUUCGUGGGCUAAUAAUUACACAGGUACUAAUGUCCCUGGAAGAAUUCCUGCCUCGCCCUCUUUCCGAUUAUUUCGAGUGGAUAGGAGCGACGAGUACUGGGGCCUGUCUCGGGGCUAGUUUGACGAUUGGCCUAUCCAUCCGUGAGGGCCAACGAAUAUACCUACGAUUUAAGGACGAUAUAUUUGAAGCCAGGGUUCGACCGUACGACGCUUUAAUCCUCGAGAAAUUCUACCGCAGUGUUUUUGGGGACGAGACGCGGAUGAAGGACACGCUGGGGAAUAACCAUUUCUUUUGUACUACAAACGACGCUACCGUAUAUCCGGCGUCGCUGAUGUUACUCCGGAAUUAUAGCUGUCGUGGUGAUGCACUGGAAUAUGGGGCUGACGGGGAGAGCGACCUCGAGAUCUGGCGUGCCGUGCGCCGCUCCUCCGCCGCGCCCACCUACUUCGCGGCGUCUGAGCAGAGAUAUGUAGAUGGCGGCCUUUCCAGCAAUAAUCCUACCAUGGAACUGUUAGCUGAGAUCCAGAACUGGAAUGCGCAUUGUCAGGAAGAGGACAAAUACGAGCUCGGCUGUGUGUUGUCCAUAGGAGCCGGGCGUACGCUGGGCCAGCCGGUGGACCCUGGGCAGAUCGAGAUGGCGUCGAUGUUCGGGAUGGUGAAGGGCAUUCGCAAUUUGUUCAACAUGGUGAUGGCACAGGUAACGGCAACGGAUGGAGCUGUAGUGACUCGAUCUCGAGCUUGGACACAUUCACUCGGUGCUGCAUAUUACAGGCUAUGCCCGAUGAUGUCAAAAGAAUAUCAGCUGGAUGCCAAAGACGACUCUGAUGUGAUUGCCAUGAUGUGGGAAUGCGUUGUCUAUGCUUUUUCACAUAGAGCUCAAUUCGAAGAAAUUGCCGCCACUUUGAUCAAAGUUGGUCCCGCCCACGCGAAGACUGAUAGACGAAGGCGCAGCUCGUGGUCCGGAAACCCGAAUAAUAGGAAGCAUUGGCGGCAAAAGAGACCGAAAGCUGAGAAUCUACUCGAAAAGAGCGUCUACAAGAGCAUGGAGGAUCUGGAUGUUACGCCAAAGCCUAGUGUUGUCUUGGCGAAUCCUCCUUUUAAGAAA